GUCAGUCUAAAGAGCACAGCAGACUGUUUAUUCAAGCCGUGCUGACUGAUGAGCAGUGCCUGAAGGAAGACGGAUGAUGAUUUCAUAUUGUCCCAUGUGUGGAAAACCAGUCUACUUUGCUGAGCGGAAGCGUUCCCUAGGCAAAGACUACCAUCCCCUUUGUCUGAAGUGCUACCACUGCAAGCGGCAACUCAGCCCUGGCCAGCAUGCCGAGUAUGAUGACAAACCCUACUGUACUCACUGUUACCUUCAGCGCUUUGGACCAAGAGGAACAAGACCUUCAACAUCCCGCUCAGCCAUCGGAGCAUCUUCUGAAAUUCCAGCAGAAGUCCGGAAAAAAUGGCAUCCGACUCCAUGAAGGCUGAAUGAGAUCAACCUGAAAUUAUGGAUAAUUUCCUGGAAAUGUGAGGCAGCUUCAGACACAGCUAUUAUCACAUAUUAGGGUCAUGCUUAUUUAUAGGAAAAAUUUGACUAUGUUAGAAGAAGAUGAAAAUUGCACAGGCUAUGUUUUGCUAGUUUCCACUCUUAAUAUGAUUUUGGUAUGUAAAAGGAAUAGCAGCACCGGAAGGUGUAGAAUCCAUUGCACAAUUAUUAACUAGCAUGUGAAUGUAUAUUUCUAAUAACAGGAAAAUGUUUUUCUUUCCAUCGAAGACAAAAUAUAUACAUGAGGUAUGUAUGAGAACUGGUAAAGUUGACAGAUUUAACUAGAAUCUGAAAAGUUAGAUAGCAACAACUGUUUUACCGAAAAGUAUUUAUGUAUGUUUAAAAUGAAGAGGUUCAAAAUAAAUUCCAUCCACAUGUUUUGCACAGAAUAUAAAUUCUUUGGAAAUAUUAUUUUUAGCUUGCCGUUUUGCUAGUGUUAAGAUUAAUUUUAAAUUGCAUUUUAAAAAUAGGAUUUCAGGUAACAUAAAUAUUAAUCAAUACAAACAGAGGUAGUUUCUAAAAAUGGAAACACACCUUCCACUGAGUAAAGCAUCAGCUUUGAUUUGGAUAGAUUAUCGUUAAUGUUGUACACUUGUUAAAGCUAAUGUUACACUCUUGUUAUACAAUUGUGAAUAUCCUUAUUAGACGAGGGAGUUUGCUCAUGUGGUGUAUACAGGCAAUAUACAAUAAAGCUUUGGUGA